UAUUGUUUGCUCUCCUGCUCUGUGUGUGGGGUGUUUGCUCUCACAGCUGCUGAAGUUCUCUUGGGUCUUGGAGAAACCAGAGAAGUUCCUGGCUGCAUGACCUUGGGUACAGCUCUCUCUCUUCUGGGGGAGGGAGGAAGGGAUGGGGUCCUGAUCAGGCAAGCGGCAGAAUCAGGUGAUUACUCCGACUGUGUGGUCUAGUGAAGAGCGAGUUGGGGUAGAGGAAGGGACUCCCUGCUCUGCCAUUGCAGCGGAGCUGGCCAGCCUGCCCCUGUAAAAUGGAGGCGCUCUGACUGCACAGGGCUGUGGACCAGCGUUUGUGAGACAGUGCCUGCCAGUGUUCAGUAUCCACAAGUGCUAGUUCAUCAGACUCCAUUUUCCAUAGUAUGGGUACAGGGCAGGCUGGUAACACAGACUCCUUUCUGGGUGGAAUCCAGUCUCAGGAGGCACUGGUGUGAGUGGGCUUGGGCCAGGCUCCCUCCUCUGAUACUCUCAAGGGUCAGUUAAUGAUCUUGCAAGUGUGUGGGGCGGGCUAAGUGCUGUAGCUGGGGAGGUGGUGGCUGUGGGUCAUGGGCCUUCAACCACAAUUGGAGGAAGGGAUUCAGGAAGUACUCACAGCUGCUCCGGCAUCUCGGAGCCAAGUUCUAGGCAGCAACAACAAAACCCUGCCGGCUUCAGGGAAGAGAGUCAUGGCCACCUAGGGUGGUCAGCAGACGAGGCGGCUACAGCCACAGACGCAGCCCCUGGGAAUUACUUGCUUAUGUCUUUCCUGAUGGUGCUCCUAGGAGUUGCCAGUGGUGGAGCUGAUCACAGCCCUUGGAGGUCUGACCCAUGGUUAAAGCUAGACCAAAGAUCAUCUGACUCCCUCAGAAAGGUUUGGUGGCCUACGGUGGCACAACCCAGGGCCUCAGAGUCUUAGAAGAGGAGGAGAAGCCGUGGAGCACAGAGCCCCUGUGGUCACCAGCAGCCCCAGCUUCUGGCACUAAGGCCAGUGUCCCUCGGAGCUCAUGGAGACAGCAGUGAUUGGAAUGGUGGCGGUGCUGUUUGUCAUCACCAUAGCCAUCACCUGCACCCUCUGCUGCUUCAGCUACGACUCAAAGACCCAAGACCCAGCCAGGGGGCCCCGCGGCAGCUUCACCGUGGCCACGUUUCACCAGGAGGCCUCGCUCUUCACCGGGCCUGAUCUCCAGUCCUGGCCAUUGCCAAGUGCACAGAACUUCUGGACUGUUGUGUGAGGUGGCUAGCAGUGCCUUGGCAUCUGUUCUGCUAGUGGGUCAGGUCCACCUACCCCUGCGAUAAGCAUUGCCUGAGGUCUCUCUCCUCCCAGGCCUCUAUCCUUGUCCUUCUGCGCUCCACAGAUGUCAACCUUUUCCCAUUCUGGCUCACUGUGCCUUUUAUCCUGGGGAGCUGGGGUGUUGGGACCAGGCAUGAAUUACCUGUAAGCUGAGAAAUCUGCUGGGUCUUAUUCCCAGUGGGGCUGAGGAGCCUGAGGAGGUGUGGGUGGCCACUCUGUGGCAUUUUCCAGUGGGCUAUAGAACCUCACCAGGAGUUAGAACCCUGUCAACAGGGUGAUGUGACAAAGUUUAUUUGCCACCCAAGGAACCAGUACCCUCAAGUGGACAUUUUGAGAAACCAUUUUUUUGUUAGUGGUUUUGGAUGCUGCCCAGUGCCCAACCCUCAGGCUUGCUCCUGUUGCCUGAGAUCAGCCCUGAAAAUUUGAAAACAAGGAGCUAUGUUCUGGGAACAAGUGACUUAUUUUAUAAUUGAGAAUGUAUAUCCUUUUAUGGGACUUUCCAAAUCUGCUUUGGGAAAACCACAAAAGGAAGCAGAAUAGCAGGAGAGCCACAGAAAGCCCAGGAAAGCCAUGGAGAAGAUGUUUAACACGUUCUGAACAACACUGGCUUAAUGCUACAGUCUGACAGACCGGGUCUAUUCUUAGCAAAUGUGAUUCGCAUCAUUUAGGAAUGAUAGAAAAAUCGUGAGCUGAAAGAUAAUUCCAAAAAAGUUAAAAUGUUGUUAUCAUGUUUCACUGCAUGGGAGGAAGCUGCUGUUUUUAUCACAAAUAAAGGGACAUUUGUUUUUAUUACUAGGCAAUCUGCUCCCUUCAUGCUCACGGAAUAGACAGCAUCUCAUACUUAGAGACUAUGAUCUGAAGAGUGGAAAAUUCUGAGGCUCCCGGCUCAUAUGUCUGCAUCUAACCCUGGAUGGGUAAUUCUCGUGGACCUGCCUGUCAAGGGGGACGAGACCAAACAAGGGCACUCGGGGGUGUACGCGUGUCCAGACAUGUGGCUACCACAGAGAGGGAUGCCGAGAGGAGGGUGGCGUGCAGGAAGGAAGGCUGGCUGCUAGAUGGGUUGGCGUGAAGUGAAUCUGGGGAGGUCGAGGCUCAGCCUGAGGACAGAAGCUCCCGGAAGUGUGUCUCGGCACUCCGGAUACUGUCAUACUUAGUUUAUCUAGUCAGGGCUGAGUCCCCCUUCCUGCCCUGCCCCUAGUGCAUGCUCCCCUCCCCCACUGCUCCCAG